AGCCCGCCUGAGCUGCUGUACCGCUCUUGUUUACAGAAGCUACCUGCCCACAACAACAACAAGCUGUCGCUUGGUCUGAUGGAGCAAAGGCAGUCAGCACAGCUCGGUACGGCAAGGCAACAAUGCGACCAGCGUGGAUACAGCACGGAGCGGACUGGAAAUUUGACACAGCACCAGAGAACACACACAGGAGAGAAACCCUUCAAGUGCAGUGUGUGUGUGAAGGCAUUUUCACAGUCAUCUACUCUUAAAAGACACCAGAGAACACACACAGGAGAGAAACCUUUCAAGUGUACUCUGUGCAGGAAGGCUUUUUCUUUUUUACAUCAUCUCGUAAAACACCAGAGAACACACACGGGAGAGAAACCCUUCAAGUGCAGUGUGUGUGGGGUGGCAUUUUCACAGUCAAAUAAUCUUAAAAGACACCAGAGAACACACACAGGAGAGAAACCUUUCAAGUGUACUCUGUGCAGGAAGGCUUUUUCUUUUUUACAUCAUCUCGUAAAACACCAGAGAACACACACGGGAGAGAAACCCUUCAAGUGCAGUGUGUGUGGGGUGGCAUUUUCACAGUCAAAUAAUCUUAAAAGACACCAGAGAACACACACAGGAGAGAAACCUUUCAAGUGUACUCUGUGCGGGAAGACGUUUUCUCUUUUACAUCAUCUCGUAAUACACCAGAGAACACACACGGGAGAGAAACCCUUCAAGUGCAGUGUGUGUGGGAAGGCAUUUGCACAGUCACCAAAUCUUCAAGCACACCAGAGAACACACACAGGAGAGAAACCCUUCAAGUGCACUGUGUGUGACGAGGCAUUUGCACAGUCAUCAGAUCUUAAAAAACACCAGAGAACACACACAAGAGAGAAACCCUUCAAGUGCAGUGUGUGUGGGAAGGCGUUUUCACGGUCAUCUUAUCUUAAAAUACACCAGAGAACACACACGGGAGAGAAACCCUUCAAGUGCACUGUGUGUGGGAAGGCAUUUUCACAGUCAUCUUCUCUUAUAAAACACCAGAGAACACACACAGGAGAGAAACCCUUCAAGUGCACUGUGUGUGGGAAGGCAUUUACACAGUCAUCAAAUCUUCAAGCACACCAGAGAAUACACAUGGGAGAGAAACUCUUCAAGUGCACUCCGUGCAGGAUAGCAUUUACACGGUCAUCACAUCUUAAAAAACACCAGAGAACACACACGGGAGAGAAACUCUUCAAGUGCACUCUGUGUGGGAAGGCAUUUACACGGUCAACACGUCUUCAAGUACACCAGAGAACACACAAGCGUCAGAAGAUCCACAAGGACUGGAGUCUGAAGACAGCUUGUGAAAGUCAAAGUGCUGCAAUGAGCCCAUUCCUCGUGAAACAAGAACCGGAAGAAAAUCCCAGCUUGGACACUUUUAAAGGUAUCGAGGUGAAAUGUGAAGAGGUGAAGGUGGAAUGUGAAGAAGUGAUGGUGAAAUGUGAAGAAGUGAAGGUAAAAUGUGAAGAUGAAGAUUCAAGUCCAAAAUGUGACCUUCACAUCGAUGGAGGCAACGUGAAGCAGGAGGAGAAUUCUGACUGUGAGGCAGAGCGAGGGAACUCCCAGCAGUUUGUGGAAGUGGAGGUGUGGGUGGACUUCCUCUGAGACAACACGAAGUCAAAUGGAGACCCGGUAGAUGUGUAAGCUUGAGACGAUGUCGCUCCAAUAGAUGCACCUUUGUCACAGGCCUUUAAUGACAAGAAUGUGAAGUUGAACACUCAGUUCCUAGGUGCAACCUGCAGGGUAAGAGCGGCCAGUCUUUGUGGACCUGUGUGUUGGGUAGAUCUCUAACCAGGAGCGAGAGCCAAUAAGCUCCCAAGCAUUCACUCUGUUAUAAUUGCUUUUACAUGGUGCUUACUUAAUCCGCUCAGCAACUCGGAGUUUUGUAUCGUAUCUCGUCUCAAACACUCGAGGAGCACCCCAAGUGGCAGCUGCCCCUGUGUGGCACAAGGUGGUGGCCCUGCACCGGCCUGCGUGUGGACAAGAGCCUGUCAGUAGGGGGCGAUGGUUGAUGUGGCAUCUCAGUUGUGGAGUUUGUAGGUAAUGUUUAGAAUUUGCUACAUUUUGACCCAGACGCCAGCAUGCAAAGGCCUACUCGUUUUGAAUUGCAUAAUUGUGUGUUUUACAUCCACUGUUCAGUAGAGGGUGCAUUCUUUAAAUAGCUCCUUGUUAAUAAGAUGUUAUCUAAACUAAAUUGUUCAAUUUUGGAAGAACGUAAUCAACCAGGUAGGGUGUUGACUGUUGUGUUGGCCGACUCUGUGUUGUGUUGCAUUAUAUUUCUAAGUUCACUAUGUUUUCUCAUUCACUUGUUGCACCUGAUGAUGGUUGCUUGUAUUCCAAUCGAAACGUCGUAUUCUGUUAUUUAAUUUAUUUCUCCGUGACUUUACCGAUGCAGUAAGUUUCACUGCAGUUAUUCAAUUUUGUCAAUAUGCCUGUCAGUAGUUUAGAAUGAAUACUUGUCUGAUUGUGCGCGUACAUUGAACAUUUUGUCUGAGGGUCAAACAUCGAAUAAGUGAUGUUGGGGCAAAGUGUGUGUGUGUGUUUGUAAGUAGCCUGUAGAGAUUACUCAGGUUAGACCCGUUAUUCUUGUGAUACAGCUCAAAGGGUACUUUUGUGUUUCAAGGAAGUAUCUGCCUCUGGAGUAGGGAGCAUGCAAUAGGGAGCACGCUCGGAUCAUCCAACAGUUACAAGGCGUACCGCUUAAACGCUACACGUAGAGGAGAUACAUUCUCUACAACACGAAUUAUAAUUUUGUAUUACGUGUUGACAGAGACUUUGUCAAACUAGGACGAUAAAUGCUCCUUGUUGAUUCACGUCUGGAGGUUCAUAACCGUGGGUUGAAGCAAGCCCGGCUGCUGUUGAGACGCUGUUCACCAAUAAGGGUCCAUAGGUGGCUUGCACUGAAUCAAUGAUGCACUCCCAGAAGGCCGUGAUGGUUAUAGUUUAAAACAUUCCUUUCGUGGAGAGAUCGAUAAAUGAAAUAUGUAAAGUCUGAAUUCUUUCAUAGCAAGGAGGUAAUUUUAAGAGUACAUUUAAAAUGCAUUUUUUUUACAAUUUUGUGUUCAGUUACAAGGCAGAGCACAUCGAGUAGAUACAUUCUACCCAACGCUAAUUAGGAUUUUGUAUGACGUCUUAUGUUGGUGAACUAGGACAAGAAAUGUUCCUUGCUGAUGAACGUCUGGAUGUUGACAACCGUGGGUAGAAGCGAGCCCUGACUGCUGUUGAGACAUCGUGCACAAGAACCGGUCCACAGCUGCCUCGCACUGAGUCACUGCUGCACUAGUCAUGGACUCGCACAAGGCCGUGGGAUUUAUAUUUUGUG